AUGGGUUUCCAUGGAUAUAAUGUUCCGCCCCCUAACGCUUCAGAUGCGAUCAAGCCCUGGGAAGUGCAUAUUCCCCAAAAAGACAUCGACGAUCUUGUUGCACUGCUUAAACUCACGCCACUCGCACCGCCUACGUAUGAGAACGCUCUGCCUGAACAGGAUGGAUAUUUGGGUCUUCGACGUGAUUGGAUGGUAGAAACAAAGCGUUAUUGGGAAUCCAGUUUCAAUUGGAGGGAACAAGAGAAAUAUAUCAAUUCUUUCCCUCACUUUAAAGCGUCAAUCCAAGAUCCUGUUGGAGACUUUGAGAUACACUUUGUCGCACUGUUCUCAAAGAAAGCAGAUGCGAUUCCAAUAUUGUUGCUCCACGGCUGGCCAGGAUGUUUUAUUGAAUUUCUCUCGAUCUUGGAUAUGCUUCGAGAGAGGUACACCGCAGAAACACUGCCGUACCAUUUGAUAGUCCCCAGUCUUCCGGGCUAUACUUUCUCAUCUCCGCCGCCCUUGGAUCGAAAUAUCACUUCCGACGAUGCCGCACGAAUCUUUGACAAGUUGACUUCACUUCUCGGUUUUGAGUCGUAUAUAAUUCAAGGUGGUGAUCUCGGGGGCCGUAUAGGUCGAAUAAUUGCAGCUAAUCAUCCCAACUGCAAAGCAAUCCACCUGAAUACCGGUCCCAUGCCACCGCCAGAAGAAGCAGAAGUCAGGAGCCAAAUUAACAAGACUGAAGAGGAAGGCCUACAAAGACACCUUUUCUUCAAGCACAAUGGAAGCGCCUACGCGUGGACCCACGCCACACGCCCCAGCACAAUUGGCUUCGUGCUGUCAAGCAACCCAGUGGCGCUUCUGGCCUGGGUUGGCGAGAAGUUCCUGGACUGGACCGACGACACCCCGCCGCUGGACCUCAUAUUGGUGUCAAUUACGUUAUACUGGGUUACCCACAGCGCGGCGAGUAGCCUAUGGUCCUACCGCCAGUUCUACGGCCCGGAUGCCGAGAGCCACGGCACGAAACGAUGGCAUAUUAAUAAGCCGCUAGGUUUCUCUUGGUUUCCUAAAGAGAUCACGCCUGUCCCGAGGGCGUGGGUCGAGACAACCGGCGACUUGGUUUUCUACCGGCAGCACAAGAAAGGGGGCCAUUUCGCGGCGAUGGAGCAGCCUGAGGCUUUGUGGGCGGAUGUUGAGGAUUUUUUGGGGAUCUUAAAAGAUCGUUUCGCAAUGCGUAGCAUCUAA